AUGAACAAUUUCCCAUCAGAUAUAGUUAACGUUAUAUCUGAAAUAAUUGAAUGUAAUUUAGAAAUAGGUUCUAUUAAUCAAGCUAAAUAUUAUAUUGAUAUAUUAAGAAAUAUAACUGGACAGGAAGCUCAAUAUAAAUUAUAUGAAUAUGAAUUAAGAAAAGAUUUAAUUCUUCAAUUAAGACAAAUCAUGGAGUUUGAAACUAUUCUAUUAUUACUACAAGAAGAUUAUCUUAAAAAAAUUUUUAAAGAAUUUUCUUCUUCUUAUGGAAUAAAUGACUAUUUGAAGGAAUCAGUUAUAACAAAACAAGAAAAUGAAUUUCCUUUGAGUUGCUCUCCAAAUUGUACGAAUUCUGUUAUUAAAAAAUUAAAUGAUAAUAUUAGUCAACAAGAGUUUUUCUCAGAUAUUCUUCCUUAUAUUGAUCAAAUUAAUAAUUUACAACGUUCAUUUAAUUUAAUUUAUAAUAUUGAUUAG